AUGAAUCUAGCUAGUAAAUUUCAACAGAAUCAGGGCCAACAACCUCAAUCCAACCUUCAGGCACAACAAAUUUUGUUACAACAGCUUCACCAAGGGCAAUCUCAUCCACCACCACCGCCACCACCACCACCACAACAACAACAACAGGCUACAUCCAAUGGGCUAAAUGCUGCAUUCCAACCAAAUGAGAGUUUCAAUGACAACUUGAAUGGCCUAUAUCAAAAUAAUUACCUGCGAGCUCAACCAAAUUUACAACAACAACAAUAUUUCCCCCAGUUUCAACAAAAUCAACUGAAACAAGCUGGAGGAAAUGGUCUCAACAUUGGGAGUGGUGCAUCACAAUUGCAACAACCAUAUCAGGCAAAUCACCUACCAAGACAAGUUCCCCAUCUUCAACAACAAUUCUAUAAUCAACAUCAAGCUGCGGCGCUUCAAAAGCAGCAACAGCAGCAGCAGCAGCAGCAACAACAACAACAACAACAACAACAACAGCAGAGCCUACACCAAGCACAACAGAUACAAUUGCAAGGAUCUCAAUUACAAACUCCUAUUCAAAAGGCUAGCACUUUGCACGUUGAUAAUCCAAACACUAGCUUUUGGCAGCAUCAACAACAAUUGUGUCAACUUUCAAGGUCAUCUACUGAUCCUCAUAACUAUGCAAGACAAUAUGCAUCCAAUUCGAGGAAAUUGAAGAACCCAUAUGCUGAAACUAAAUCCAUUGGGCUUAUUGAAGCGACUAAAGUCAUUGUUGCAAGUAUUGAAGAAGAAGAACAGAAAAAGAAACUUGCAACUAGGGAUCCUACUAGUGCAGCAUUGUUGCAUAAUAAGAAAAUUACUCAAGAUCUUGACGAUGAUUCAAUGGAAGAACAAAGGAUGCGAUUGAAGACUCAAGGCCGUCAAUUAUGGUGUCAACUUGAUUUGAGUGGACAAGGAUUGGUUAAUCUUUCACCCAGGUUAUUUCAGUAUGAUUUUUUGGAGUCGUUAUAUUUGAACAAUAACAAAUUGACUAGUAUACCUCCUGAAAUUAGCAAAUUGAGAAGUUUACGAACUCUAGAUUUAUCACACAACCGACUUAGUGAAUUGCCAUCUGAGCUUGGAUUAUGUUUCAAUUUGAGGUUUUUGUAUCUUUUUGACAAUAACAUCAAAUCCCUACCUGCUUCAUUUGGUAACUUGUUUGAACUUCAAUUUCUUGGUGUUGAAGGGAACCCACUUGAUUUGAACAUUGCCAAUUUGGUUGCUGAGAAGGGUACUAAGGAGCUAAUAGCCGCAAUUAGAGAUCAAAAGUCGACAAUAGCAUCACCUGAGCCACGCCAUUGGUUGCGAGUGGAAGAUGAUGGAGAGGUUGUUGAUACCAACGAGCCAUACAAACAGGAGCAAAGUACAGGUAAUGUAUUCACGUUGAUGUCCUACAACACUUUGUGUCAACAUUAUGCUACGCCAAAAAUGUACAAGUUUACUCCAUCGUGGGCAUUACAAUGGGAGUAUAGAAGAGACCUUUUAGAGAAGGAGGUUUUGAACUAUAGUACUGAUAUUAUAUGUAUGCAAGAAGUUGAAACUAGAACAUACAUGGAGUUUUGGGGACCGUUGUUAGCACAAAAGGGAUACAAGGGAUUGUUUUUCAAUAAAACAAGAUCAAAGACAAUGAGCGAAAAUGAUUCAAAGAAGGUUGAUGGAUGUGCCACAUUUUACAAAGUGGAUAAGUUCACAUUAGUACACAAGCAAAAUUUUGAAUACAAUAGUGUCUGCAUGGGAUCUGACAAAUACAAAAAGACCAAAGAUUUGUUCAACAGAUUCAUGAAUAAAGAUAAUAUCGCGUUGAUAUCAUACUUGGAACAUAAGGAAACUGGAGAAAGAAUUUGUUUUGUCAAUACUCAUUUACAUUGGGAUCCAGCAUUUAAUGAUGUCAAGACCCUACAAAUUGGAAUUUUGUUGGAAGAAUUGCAAGGCUUUAUCAAGAAAUAUCAACAGACCUCGUCAAUGGAAGAAGUUAAAAAGGCGCCAAUUGUCAUAUGUGGCGAUUUCAAUUCAGUCAAACAAUCGGCUGUAUACCAAUUAUUUUCCACCGGUUCCUCCAAAGAUCAUUCUGAUUUAUCUGGUAAAGAUUAUGGAAAAUUCACUGAAUCUGGAUUCCAUCAUCCAUUCAAAUUGAAAUCAGCUUAUGAUGCGAUUGGAGAAUUACCAUUUACUAAUCUUUCACCUUCAUUUACUGAUGACAUUGAUUACAUCUGGUAUUCAACUUCGAAACUACAAGUUAGAGGAUUACUAGGCGAGAUUGAUAAGAAGUAUGUUUCACAUUGUAUUGGAUUUCCUGAUCCGAAUUUCCCAUCGGAUCAUGUGCCUAUAUUAGCCAAAUUUCAAAUAAAGAAAUAA